GGACUGCGGUUGAAUGCGAUUGCGUUCAGGCUGCACUCCUAGCCCUGCAGCCGCUGAUAAUAACAGCAACAGUCCCAUCAUGUUGGUGUGCAGUGUCAGUGCUGCCGCGAACCGCAGUUAUUGGUCGGCCGCGGGGGAAUCAUAACAGCGGCAACAAGGUCGGCAUCGGGGACGCGGCCCGUGGGACAGCCUAGAACACUCACACCGUUCCUAACCACCGCCCGUUCCUUCCAUACCUGCCCGAGGGGCGGACGGCUACUGGUUCUGCUCUAGAUUAUUUUUUUUCUGCAUGUUUUUUUUCCCCCACCGGAGACGGACGGAAGGAGUAUCCCCGCGGUUAGCAGCCGUCUCUGGCCUCCAUCACUCUGCGGCCCUUGGAUAUGUGUGUGAAGGCAAUGAAAAUGCAUUCCUUGCUUGCUUCAGAUAUUCUGUUAUGAGAAGAAACUGACGGCCCAAACUUCAGGAAUCUUUGCUCCUCGGUGCAGCAUGGCGGGUUUCAAAAGAGGAUAUGAUGGGAAAAUAGCUGGGCUUUAUGACUUGGACAAAACCUUGGGAAGGGGACACUUUGCUGUGGUCAAACUCGCCCGCCAUGUGUUUACAGGGGAGAAAGUGGCCGUUAAGGUAAUUGACAAGACCAAAUUAGACUCUCUGGCCACGGGGCAUCUUUUCCAAGAAGUAAGAUGCAUGAAAUUAGUACAGCAUCCAAACAUAGUCCGCCUGUAUGAAGUCAUUGACACGCAGACCAAACUCUAUCUUAUCUUGGAACUCGGAGAUGGCGGCGAUAUGUACGAUUACAUAAUGAAGCACGAAGAAGGUCUCAGCGAAGAUUUGGCCAAGAAAUAUUUUGCUCAGAUAGUACAUGCGAUUUCCUACUGCCACAAGUUGCACGUGGUUCACAGAGACCUGAAACCAGAGAAUGUGGUCUUCUUCGAGAAGCAGGGACUUGUGAAAUUGACAGAUUUUGGUUUUAGCAACAAGUUCCAGCCCGGGAAGAAGCUGACGACAAGCUGCGGUUCUUUGGCUUAUUCUGCUCCAGAGAUACUACUUGGAGAUGAGUACGAUGCUCCUGCAGUAGAUAUUUGGAGCCUUGGCGUUAUUCUCUUCAUGUUAGUAUGUGGCACCCCCCCAUUCCAAGAGGCAAAUGACAGUGAAACGCUCACUAUGAUCAUGGACUGCAAGUAUACCGUACCCAAGCACGUGUCCAAAGAGUGCAAGGAUCUAAUCACCCGCAUGCUACAGAGAGAUCCUAAACGAAGAGCAUCGCUGGAGGAAAUUGAAAAUCAUCCAUGGCUUCAAGGAGUGGACCCUUCUCCGGCCACCAAGUACAAUAUCCCUCUUGUGUCCUACAAAAAUCUCUCUGAGGAAGAGCACAAUAGCAUCAUACAACGUAUGGUCCUAGGAGACAUAGCUGACAGAGAUGCCAUUGUGGAUGCCUUGGAAACCAACAAAUACAACCACAUCACAGCAACUUACUUCCUGCUAGCGGAAAGGAUUCUCCGAGAGAAGCAAGAAAAAGAAAUCCAGGCCAGAUCGGCCAGUCCCAGUAACAUCAAAGCCCAGUUCAGGCAAUCUUGGCCAACAAAAAUUGAUGUUCCUCAGGACCUGGACGAUGAUUUGACUGCUUCUCCAAUAGCUCAUGUGGCUGUUCCACCGUCUCCUGCUCGCAGUGCAGAGAAUGUGCUCAAUGGGCAUAGAAAUAAAGGUCUUGUGGACCCAUUGAAGAAAGAGGAUGUUCCCGAUUUUACUGGGACAGCAGUUUCUGCGCUUCCUUCUGUGAACCCAACAACAAGCGGAAGAAAGUGUCUCUUUAGGGUGGAGGAGGAUGAAGAGGAAGAUGAAGAAGAAAAGAAGCCACUUCCUCUCUCUGCACAAGUUGUUCUAAGACGAAAACCCUCUGUUACAAAUCGUCUCACUUCAAGAAAGAGUGCGCCAGUGCUCAAUCAGAUUUUUGAGGAAGGAGAGUCAGAUGAUGAAUUUGAUAUGGAUGAAAAUCUUCCACCAAAGCUAAGUAGAUUAAAAAUGAAUAUCGCAUCCCCUGGUACAGUGCACAAAAGAUACCACAGAAGGAAAAGUCAAGGCCGGGGAUCCAGCUGCAGUAGCUCAGAAACUAGCGACGAUGACUCCGAGAGUCGACGACGUCUGGAUAAGGAUAGCGGGUUUACCUAUUCGUGGCAUCGAAGAGACAGCAGUGAAGGUCCACCUGGUAAUCAAGGUGAUGGUGGAGGUCAAAGUAAACCGAGUAAUGGAAAUACUGGAGUAGAUAAAACAAGUCCCAGUGAUAACAAAGGAGGAGGCAGCCCUUCCAACACAUCAGGUGGUAACUCAAAUAAUUCAUCUGGAAAUACGCGCAACUGUUCUGGUUCCGCUGGUUCUGUGCAGCAAUCGCCAAGAAGUGCAGGAGAACUGGUAGAAAGUCUAAAACUAAUGAGUUUGUGCUUGGGCUCCCAGUUACAUAAUGGAGCCAAGUAUAUAAUAGACUCUCAGAAUAAUCUUUCCUUUUCUAGCGUCAAAGUGCAGGAGAAGUCCAGUUGGAAGAUGUGCAUCAGCGCAAAUGGUAGUGCCGGCAAAGCUGUACCCACAGGCAGCAUAAAGCUGUUCUCUGACCAAAUGUCAGACUCUGCAAACGAACUUGGACUCUUAAAGAAAAAGAACUUUAAAAACAAUGUACUACAGCUACCUCUUUGUGAAAAAACAAUAUCUGUGAAUAUCCAGCGGAAUCCCAAGGAGGGACUUCUGUGUACCGCGAGUCAAACCAGUUGUUGCCAUGUGAUUUAAUGACGUCUCAAUGUACAGAGCAGUUUGACACAUGCUUAAUGCUCAUGGCUGCAAACAUUGUUUUUUGUGUAUAUUCCACUUUGUCGUCUUAAUGUUUUUUUUUUAAGUGGACUUUAUUGGCAGUUAUUUAUUACCAUUUUAUUUUGUGUGUUGCCAGACUGAAGAGCAAACAGCAUUGCACUGGAUUUGUGCACGCUGCUAGCUGACACAUCCUUUUUUCUUGCAGUUGAUAUUACGUUUUUAUCGUGUAAAAUUUCACAUUUUAAUAUGAAAAAAAAAAAACAUGGAUCCACAUUGAGUGUAGCCCAGAGCAUACUACGUAAGGAGCACUUAGAAAUUUCAUGUUCAGCACUUAAGCUAAGAAAUCCUCGUUUUGGUUUUCUUAUGAUCUUAAUUCCAGUCCCAACGUCUGUGAUUGUGAUAUACGUCUGUGUGUGUGAGAUAGAACCAAAGCAAUAACGUUUCAAUGUUGAGCGCUCCCACGGGGGCUUUCAGAAAUUCCAAGGCUUGCACAAAGCAAACAUGCACAGAUGCACGGCGUUCCAAAUUUCUAUGUCUGACACCUGUCUGCAUAACUGGAUCCUAUUUACGAGUAGCCCCAAGUAUUUCAAAAGUAUACGAAGAUCAAAUGAUACUUAUUCUGCUGUAGUGAUGAGAUGUGUUUGCACCCCGUUUAAAUGUGUCCUAAAUAAAUCCCUUAUCCUAAUAGUUAUCUAGAUAACGGGACUCGAGCAUAUUGUCUAAGGUUUUUCCUUCCAGAUCUAAGUAGGGUUCAUGAUCUCCUCAUCAGAAUAUCUUCAUUGUGCAAAAUGACCAAAAUGAAGCCAUUUAUCGGCAUGAUCUAUAACUCUCUUAGUGAUUUUAGCACACGGAUGUACUCUGGCUUCAGAAAAUAUUGCAAAAUGCAAAUCUGUUAUGUUUUUCUUUAUUUUUAUUUAAUCGGUUGGCCCCAUGUGUGAUCCUGUGCUCUUUACUCAGCAUUUCCAGUCUGCCACGCGCAGCGUUAUCUGUAGCAGAGGAUCGCUGAAAUGUAAUAGCCCCGGGGGCCUGAUAGAAAUGCACUACUACUUUUUUUUUUAUUAGUCUAAGUGAUUGUGCCCUCAGCUUAAUCAAAACUACCAAAGAGCCCAGUGUCUUGGAAAGGAAUUCUUUAAUCACAUGCUCGGUCCCCGUACUGCAUACAUUUCAUUUAUUAGAUUGGUCUUUUUAACCCUUCCUUGCCCAUUAUUAGAAUAUUUUUAACGGAGCGCGUUACGGCUAUAUCGACGGUUUCUCUUCAGACGGUGUUUAAGUUUUACUCUAUUGACCCCUUUUUCAUCGGUUUGCUAUUUAUUAAUUUAAUGCAGUAUCCGUGGCGACACGGGGAAGCCAUAGAGCAGGUUUUACAGCGAAUCCUUAAGCAGGGAUUUUGUAAGUGAACCGGGGAGAUAUUAUGGUAAUAUUACCUUUUGUUGUACAAUAUGGCCAUUUCUUUUCUUAAGGGGCAUUGGCAAUAAAUUAUGUUGCAGCUGUUUUUUUUUUUUUGAGCUUUGUAAAUAUAUAUAUAUUUUAUGUGCAGCCUUGGAAUGGCACUUUUUAAUUAUUCCCAUGUGUCUGCUGUUUCAAACUGUUUAUAUAUACAUAUGUAUAUAUGGUGCUCAAUAAUGAAUGGCUGUGUUGACAGUUCAUGCUGCAUAUAGAUGUAUUAUAAUAGCCUUAUUAGUUAUGUAUGAUUGAAACUGGGUGUACAGGCCUUUUGUUGAUCCGUUUCUGCAGUUGUCCAUACGUGACUGACUGUGCAUGUGACAUUUGUCAUGUUAAACCUUGUUCCCUAAACGGAACGGCGAAAAUAACCACUACAGUAAGAUAUUGGACCAAACUAUGAACGUGUUUUAACCCUACCUUGUACCCUCCUAACGUUCCUUCAGAAGUUGCAUAUAGCUACAUUAGUGUACAAAUUAAAUAUUGUGAAAAUCUGUUAGCCUUGUAUUUUUCUAUAUGUGUAUAUGAUGUAACUGGCAACAUUAUGUAGCUGAAGAUCGGGAAAUCAUACAUAGGUGUAAAGGGUAGCACUGCGGUAAAAUAGUAUUAAUUAAUAUCAGUUUGUCUAUAAAUAUGCAGAGUAAAACCAGGGUUGAUAGAGUAGCAUAGAAAAUGCUUAUCUUGCCGGUGCGUGAGAACAGACGUUUAAUUUGUAAACUAAAAACCAAAAUGGCUGUUGAAAAUAAAAAGUUGUUUAGGUCAAUAGA